AUGUCGGGCUGGUGGAGCCAGGUCCUUCGGCGCACGCCUGGUAUCUACGCCGCCUUUGAGGACGUCGAGGCGCGCGCCGAGUACUUUAUGGAGCUCCAGGCACAGCCCGGCGCGACGCUGCUCCUCUUUGAUCAUGCGGCCAAGAUGGCGCAGGAUUUGCAUCAAAUCGAGAUCGACGUCGACCGGACGUUUGGACCGCAGACCGCCGAGACAUACGGACCGCUCGUCGGCUACGCACUCCGGAAAGGCAAGACGUGGAAGGACAUUGUGACGUGGAAGCAUGCGCUGCGGCGCGUCCUCACGGCGUACGUUGUCUUCCAGCCCACGAUCGGCUACUGCCAAGGCAUGGACUACAUUGCGGCCAUUUUGCUCUACGGGUCGAAUUGGGAGUGCCACCACGCGUUCCGACUUCUGGUCGCUCUCAUGGACAAGUACGACCUCGGCGGCGUCUGUGCCCCGGGGCUACCGCUCCUCAACCUCAAGUUUUACCAACUCGACGAACUCGUACAUUUCCACCUCCCCGACGUCCACCAACACCUUUCACUGCACGGUAUCCACCCCAACACAUAUGCCUCCGGAUGGGUGCUCUCGCUCUUCGCCAACUUCAAGACGCUCCACCCGGGCCUCGUGCUGUCGUUUUUUGACGGCUUUUUCGCCAAGGGCUGGAAAAGCUGGUACCGCGUCGCGCUUGCGAUCCUCGCGACCGCACGGCAACGACUGCUGCAAGCGCACACGCCGACCGCCCUCAUGGAGCUGCUGAAUCAUGACCUCGCGUCCUUGUUCCCCGAGAGCGAUGACAAGUGCCGCGAGUUUUUCGCGCUCACGAGUCAUUUCAAGGUGACGAACGCGGCGCUGCUCUUUUUCGAAGACAACUUUGCGCGCAACAGCACGUGCGAGAGCACGGUCGUCAUCGAGACGAGCGCCAUCUACUGCAGCAACCGAAGUGACGUGACUAGGGCGCCGUAGACGUCGAUGACAUGAAGCGGA